AGACUGCACAGGUGAAUGAGUCCGGGAACAGAAGACCCUGGAAAGAGCCCAUUGACUGCGGGUGCUUGAACCAUGUCUCGUCGAUAAAACAUGGUGUUAGCUCUGCAGCCGGAGUUACAUCACCCCCGAGGUUGAAGGUGGCUGUCCGAUCACGGCAUCCCGAAAAGAGUAUGUGGUACCGUGCAGCACAAGGAGGUCCAGGUCUUCUGACCUUCCCACCCCUCUUUUGCUCUCGCCAGCCGACGUCGAUAUCGGUGCCAUCUCCCGCUGCCUGUAAACUGUAAAAACCUGGCGAUAAACAUCUGCUUUGUGUUUUGCAAUUGGAGACACCAUCAUCCUUGACCGGCAAGCUCAAUUGUGCCAUAUAUCAUUGACAUGAACAACAAUGCACAGGAUGUGUCUGAUAGCGACAGCAACUCCACGCUGUGUUCCGACGUGGGCGAAACAUCACCUCUCUUGGAGUCGCAACCAACAAAGCCGUCGGAUGUAGAAGAAGUAUGGAAACCAGGGCCAGGAUUCUGGUGGAUUGAGAUUGCCUUGUGGGCCAACGUCUUCCUGUCGGGAUUCGACACGACCAUCACGGCGUCGACGUAUGCCGCCAUCAGCUCCGAGUUUGGUGCCGCAAACAACGCUGCCUGGUUGACGACAUCGUACCUUAUCACGAGUACUGCGUUCCAGCCGCUCUAUGGUAGACUGUCAGAUUUGUUCGGACGGCGCCUCUGCUUCUUUGUAUCCACCGUAACGUUCAUGGCUGGCUGCUUUGGGUGCUCCAUGGCCCAAGACAUGCUAACCCUCAACAUCAUGCGGGCCGUGGCCGGGUUUGGGGGAGGAGGGUUGAUCACCAUGGCGACUGUCAUCAACUCGGACAUGAUUCCCUUUAAGCAGCGCGGUAUGUACCAAGCGAUGCAAAACAUUCUCCAUGGAUUUGGGUCCGUGCUUGGGGCAUCACUCGGGGGCACCAUUGCCGAGACCAUCGGAUGGAGAUGGUGCUUCUUGUCGCAGGUGCCCGUGUCGUUGGUAGCUGUCGUGGUCGGGUACUUUGUGCUGGAAAACCCGUUGCACCUGGUCGAGCUGACGGGCCCAAAGCGACAUAUCCGGUCUGCAUUGCAAUGUCUCGAUCUGUCCGGGGCCACGCUGCUGGUUGUAGGACUCGUAGUCCAACUCUUGGGAUUGAGCUUUGGGGGCAACGAGUAUCCUUGGUCAAGCGUGCCGGUAGUCACCGCCCUGGUAACGAGUUGUGCGUUGUUGGUCGGGUUCAUCGUGGUCGAGGCAAAGACCAAGGCAAUGCCGAUGAUACCGUUGCGGAUGCUGCAAGGCUGGCAACCAUGUGCGGUGCAGUUGAGCAACAUCUUUUCCGGCAUGGCAUCGUAUGCUUAUAUGUUUAUGAUCCCGUUGUACUUCCAGGCCGUCCGGGGAGACUCGCCGUCCAAGGCAGGUCUGAGGCUCGUGAUGCCGUCGUUAGCAACGCCGGUGGGCGGAGUGAUGGCAGGGGCUCUGAUGCAACGCGGGACACGUCUAAGCUAUAACGUUCGGUUGGGAACAGCCAUGACGCUGAUCGGUAACAUGCUCGCAGUGACCUUGGGGACGACGGGCGAUCGACGAAAGGAAUUCGUGUUCUUGGUACCGGCGACGCUGGGUCUUGGACUGACUCUUCCCAGUAUUCUGUUUAGCUUUGUGUCUUUGUUUGAGCAUCGAGAUCAAGCGGUAGCAACGUCGACGGUGUAUCUGAUCCGGUCCAUGGGCGCCAUUUACGGUGUGACCAUAACGUCGGCCAUUGUGCAGAAUGUCUUGAUGGCGAGACUGUCGGCGACGCUGGGAGAUGCGGCAACAGAUGAGCUUGUCGCGAAGCUGCGCAAGUCGGUGUUUGCGCUGCGGGAACUGUCGCCCGAGUUGGAAAAGGCAGUCAGGGCCUUGUACGGGGACGCCUUGAGGAUUUCGUUUCUGGCGUCGACUUCGUUUGCUCUGCUGGCAUUCUUGUUCUCUUUCGCCAUCAAGACGGGGAAAUUGCAAAGAAAGACCUGAUGGACGGCUGAAGGAAGGUGCGAUAAUUCUGCUCGAGUCCGUUCUUUGGUGGUCGCAGGUUGUUGAGGAAGGCGCAGGUAGCUGUACCAGACCAAAAAUGACAUGCUCGUUCUUUCCCAGUUCGAUUGCUUAAUUAUUGCGUGAUGUGCUCAUAUUGAU